GACGAGAGACUGAAAAUGGCGGCGGUUUCUGAAAAACCCAAACAGAAGAGAAUAGCGAUAAUUGGUGGUGGUUUGGUUGGGUCACUGAAUGCCAUCUAUUUUGCUAAACGUGGUUUCAAAGUGGAUUUGUAUGAGUCCAGAAAAGAUCCUCGCUCUCAGGAAUUUGUCCAAGGUCGAAGCAUCAACCUUGCAUUAUCUGUUAGAGGCAUUGAAUCAUUGAAGGCUGUCGGUGCUCAUGGACCUUGCAUUCUAUCUGUUGAGAGACGGAAGAUGAAUGAACAUUUAUUAACAGUUGCAGAAACUUAUGUCAAUGUUGAUCAUCAUUUCGAACACAAGCUGGUUCAUACAGACCUGGAAAAUGGCAGAGUUACAUGCAGCUGGGACGAUACCAAAGUAGAAAUCAAUGCAGAUUUGAUUGUCGGCUGUGAUGGAGCAUAUUCUACUAUCAGAAAAGAAAUGAUGAGAAAACCAAGAUUUGAUUAUAGUCAAACCUAUAUUCCUCAUGGAUACAAAGAAUUGCGCUUGCGACCCACCCAAGAUGGCCAGUUUGCAAUAGAAGUCAACUAUCUACAUAUUUGGCCCAGAAACACCUUCAUGUUAAUUGCUCUUCCAAACCAAGAUCGUUCAUUUACCUGUACACUUUUCUUUCCGUUUGAACAGUUUGACAUGCUCACUAAUAGGGAAGAGGUUAUCAAAUUUUUUUCAAGAGAAUUCCCAGAUUUUAAAGAUCUGAUGGGAGAAGAAUACUUGGUAGAAGAGUUCUUCAAGAACCCAACAGGGCCUAUGGUCUCCAUCAAGUGCAAGCCGUACCACGUGAAGGACAAGGCAGUGAUCAUGGGUGAUGCUGCUCAUGCUAUGGUGCCAUUUUAUGGACAAGGAAUGAACUGCGGUUUUGAGGACUGCCUCGUUCUUGAUGGACUCGUGGAGAAACACAACAAUAACAUUGGAGCAGCCUUGGCUGACUAUUCCAGAACAAGAAAUCCUGAUGCUGAGGCAAUUUGUGAUUUAGCGAUGUAUAACUAUAUUGAAAUGCGCUCAUCCGUCAACUCGACUCUCUUCUUGGCAAAGAAGAAAUUGUACAGUUUUCUAAACAGCUUGAUGCCUAAAACUAUCAUUCCCUUAUACACCAUGGUGACGUUUUCAAGGAUCCCAUAUCACAUUGUCAUCGAGAGGGACAAAUUCCAAGAAAAGGUAGGAAAGAAAAUUUGUGAAAGAAAUUAGAAUGAAAUUAUUUCA